CAUGAAGUGAACUAUAGUGUGUCCCAAAAUCUAUCGCGUGCAGCCGGCGAGCAACAUCAGAGAAUAAUCGAGAAAACCUAGAUUCUUUAUACGAUCUCGGUUUCGAAAUCAGCCAUAACGUUGGUUGACACGUAGUUGGUAGUGUUCACGUUACCAUUUCAAGUGUAUUUGCUUCAACUCAGAUUGCAGUCAAAAUUUCGUCGAGUGCGUACGUUUGACAUAAGUUCAAGAGCUCUAAUCUUGCGUGAAUUUGAAAAAUGUCGCUCGAUUUAAUAUCAAGCCUUGAUACUCGGUUUUUCGCCGAUGAAAUCAGCUCACAACACAUCUCUUUCGAUUUAGAGAGCAGUUUAGGCUCUGAUGACCAUAUGAUGACAUUAAGUGAACUGACCAAUGAUCCUAUGGUAUCAUUCCAUCCAUCAUUUCAUGAUACCGAGUUAAUGGAUGCUGGCAUGAGUUCAGAUAGUGACUGCAAUUCUUAUUCUGGUCUUCUAGAAUUUAACUUUCAUUCAAGUACAUUGGAAAAAGAUUUUUCCAAAUUUGAUCCCAGUAAUUUUCCUAAUCUCUCUGGAAUUGGUGAUGAUGUAAAACUGGAGCCAAUAUCACCACUUGCUCAAUCACCAAUGGAGAAUGUUGGAUCUUUGGUGAGUGUUAAAUCCGAAAUACAGCAAAUUUUGGAUACGCCGCCAAUUUCGCCUCCUAUUCAGAGCAAAUCUUCCCUUCUUUCACAUCAUUCCAACAAUACAGAUAUCAUCAAAGUUAUUACCAUUGAUCCAGAUGGUAACUUUCAUUUACCCAACGAAGCAAAAGUGGUGCUAACUAAAAAUAGCGUUUCGAAUAUUUCCCCAACCGUUCAUUUAUCCAAUCAACUUGGAAGUAAUAUCCAACCCAAGCCUUUAUCUGGCAAUCCCAUGGUGAUCAAACUCGUUUCAAACAGUUCGGCUAUUGGAAAACAGAAUAUUUCUGGUCAGCCACUUGUGCUAACUGCUGAGGAAUUUGCGAGUUUAACGCAACAAAAUUCAGGUAAAUGCGCGAUAGAAGCCAAAACUUCGUCUACACAAAAGCUUGUUCAGUCGAUAAAUAGUCGAAGUCCGACUAAUCCUUAUUCAAAGCCAAUUAUGAGUUGUUCAUCACCACCUUCUGGAAUGUAUGACGGUGAUGUGAAGGCAUUAAAACGGCAGCAGCGAAUGAUAAAAAACAGAGAGUCUGCGUGUUUAUCACGCAAGAAGAAAAAGGAGUACGUUACGUCCUUAGAAUCAACACUGUCUGAUUUAAACCGGGAGAACCAGCAGCUAAAACAAGAAAACGCCAUGUUACGGGAAAAAUUAGCUUUGUUCGAGCGAGAACGCGAAGGUGCAAACAAAUCGCUUAGUUUCGGUGCAAAUGCUAAAAAGACCACCGCUUUCUUUGCUGUGCUAUUGAUGCUCUCUUUCAACAUGGCCGCUGUUGGAAAAGUUUUUUUUUACCAAAAUGAUAUGGGACUAUCAUCACCGGAGGGAGCUUUGAAUGUUGAGCCACCCACAGUUUUUCAACGUGGAGCUGGUCGUUCACUCUUGUGGGCUAAUGAAGAGAGUCCGCUUUUUGAAACGAGGAGUGAAAACACGAGUUUGCCGAUGUGUCCCAUGCUUAUAAACCUUACAGAAUCAUCAAGAAUCGAUAGCGAGUUACGGGGCUGGUUCCAUGCUCCCGCUACUAAUGUUAACACACCCAUUUUGAAUUCCGUAAAACCUGAUGUCGAACUGCCAAACGGAGCUCCCUCUAAACACGAACUGGCUAAAGUAAUACCUCAUUCGAGUGAAAUGAGCAGCACGGCUUAUCGAAAUUAUUUACUCACCCAACGGAAUUCGGUUGUACGAAACCAUCAUGCACAAAUAUUGUCGAAAAAUGAAAUUCAAAUCUACGAGGCCCUCCCAGAUCGAUACCUUUUCGCCGCUUUUUUCGAGGCCAUUGAACGCAAAAACGACACAUUUUACGUCGUUUCUUUUUCAUCCGAUCACCUUUUGUUGCCGGCUACCGAGCACAACAAUAACACAGUUCGACCACGAAUGUCUCUCCUCCUUCCUGCUAUGCCACUCAAUCAAACUAUGCAACCACCCAGUGGUCAUGUGGCUAUGAUGCAGAUCGAUUGCGAAGUGACCAACACGCGACUUCUACACAUAAGGGAAGAUUCCAUCCCUCCGUUCACCUCUGAUGGGAAUCGCACGGAAGAUCGGAGACCGGACACUGGGAAACGCGCCUGGCGCAAAAACAAUAAAAAGAACCAGCAAAAAGUUGGCAAUUUCAACGUAAAUCCCAGCGGCGAUUCGAGGGGAUGAUUUAAUCAUUUAUUUUGGCGACAUCUCGUCACAUUCGACCAAAACGAUUUCAAGAGAUCUCAACUGCUGGAAAGUUAACAGCUUGGAAAAAAAAAAGAAAAAUUCACAUCGGAAUUUCUCAUCACACAUUCACAGCUUGUCUAAGCAUUCUUUGGUUGACGUUUGUUUUGCUAUUUCUGAUUAUUUUUUUUUAGGUCUUACGACUACCAAAGACUGCCUUACCUUGUUUAGAAUAGUUUUCGGUCACGAGAGGCACAAGUUUAAAGUCACACCAGUGUUUUGAGUUCAAAUUUUGGUUUUACGUGGGUUAUGUUGUGAGCUGAGCGCUGAAAAUCCAUUGAAUUGAUUCGUCGCCGGUUGGUUUUGCGUGCCAAGACAAGGCCGAUGUAGCACUGCAUGCGGCUUAUCGCCUAAAAGUGGAACACACUUACAUGUGUGAUCACUGAUCAGUAAUUAAA